GCUCGGAAUUUCCCAUUUGUUUUGCGGAAAAUAAUAGGAAACGCGUAAUAAAUUGCGGCAUUUUCGAAAAACCGAGUACUGGUGCAGUAAUUUGGUUGUGACAGUUGUCCUGGAAUAUUUAAGUGGACAAUCUUAGAAGCGAUAUUUUUUAACAUGACAACUUAAAACAAGGUCGAUCGCUUUUACAGGAACAGAUCCAGGAGCUUCUAUCUAAGAGUGUUUCUGACGUAACACUUCAUUAAGGCCCUGGCAAAAUUUGAUAAUGUUGUUUGGGAAUGCCGAAAUAGGCUGGUAUGGGUCAUCUUUCUUUAAGUAUAAGUCUACAUUUUCGUAGCCUAGAUGACGGUGAUGUUUACCCUUGGCAUGCUCCUAAGUUGUAUUUUUAUUACAAAUACUGGAUUAGAAGAGCAAAACAUUGGAUCCAAUUUGGUCGACCAACCACCAAAAGACUUCACAGACUUUGACCAAUACGCCGUCACUUGCUACAUAUGCGUCAACGUUUCGGACAACGUCGUUUGUAACCAGUUUGCUAUUGAUAGACCUUGUAAACCUGGUGAAACCUUUUGCCACACUUUACACAUAAUGGACUCGAAGGGUACCAGUGUACUGGUAAACAAGAAAUGUACCACUGAAAAGGAAUGCCAACGAAACAAAGUUGGAUGCGUGGAAAUCGAUGCACAGAUGAUGUGUAUUUCAUGCUGCGACCAAAACUAUUGUAAUAUGAACGUGCCAACCAACAGUUCUACUGCAAUAUAUGACGACAAGAUCACCAAAAUGCGGAUGCUUGCAAAAAACCUUUUUAGAGAACAAGAGAAGGCCCUGACGACUUCUGUUAAACAGAACAGCAGCUGCUAUGAUCAUUCACUAAGUUGGCUAAAUAUUAUUAUUUUGUUACUUUGGUCUUUAAAAUAUGCGAUUUCGUAAUAUUUUUAGGGAAAUUAUGGAUAUUUAGUAAAAGAUUAUGUAGAAGUUAGUGUUUCAUGUCACUUGGUUUUAUUUUUUUAUAAAGCUUGAUUUUCGCAAUUUGUC